AUGGGCAAUUGCUCUUUCCGAGCAAAGAACACCCCCCCUCCCCAUCACGAUCUGGACUCUUCGACUUGGACAGUGUGCAGCUACCGCAGCUACCGACUACACGGAAUACUCUAUCGUCUCGACUGCAUUCGACAAGACGGAUACGCAAAACCUGGCCGUGUCAGACUGCGUUGCUCCAUCUGGACGGAGCGAGGGAUGGCUGGUAAACAUCUAGAACUCAGAGCGGCUGCCAGUGAGAGUGGCAAAUUGCUGACCUCGGCCUCCAAUGGGGAGGCGCGAUGA